AUGAAACAACCAACAGGUCUCUCUGGAAAUGUUCAACUAAGAUUAGUUAACUCUACUUCGGAUUCAUGCGAACCUACUGGUGAAGAAAAUGAAUUGUAUAAUCUGAAACUUCGAAUUGUAUCCGUUUUUGUUCUACUGAUCGUCUCUUUUCUUGGUGCUUCCAUUGCCGUAGUUUCAGCUUAUAGCAAACGCUUACAUAUACCAGCAACGAUUAUUAAUACGGGAAAAUUUUUUGGCACUGGAGUGAUUCUUGCUACCGCAUUUAUUCACAUCUUGCCAGCAGCUAUGAAUGCAUUAACAGAUGAAUGUCUGCCAGAAGGUUGGAAAGAAUAUGAAGCCUAUGCAGGUUUAUUUGCCAUGCUAGCUAUAUUGGCCAUGCAACUCAUCGAAUUCAUUGCUCGCCAACAAUUACAAAGGGUACUAAUACACGAGACAAACGUCGUAGUUGAAGAGGCUCAAACACAAUCUGCCAUAAUACCAAUUGAAAGUAGUCAACAACAUGGUCAUAGUCAUGGUUUAUCAUUAUUACAAGAUAGUCACAAUCAUCGUGUCACUACUUAUUUACUUGAGUUUGGUAUUGCUGCACAUUCGAUUCUCAUUGGUGUGGCGUUGGGUACUGAUGAUGGUUCACAUUUUGUUGUCCUCUUUAUCACACUUUGUUUUCAUCAAUUUUUCGAAGCUAUUGCACUUGGUGCACAAAUUUCACAACUCAAUAAUAAAUCGAUAUUACCAGCUAUUUUCAUGGUGUCAUUUUUUGCUCUCACUACUCCAGUUGGUAUUGCUAUCGGUAUUGGCGUUCAUUUGAAUACAUACAAUCCAAAAUCAUUAGUUGCAUUGAUGACGACUGGUGUUCUGGAUUCAGUUUCAAGUGGUAUUUUGAUCUAUGUUGCUUUGGUCAAUUUGAUGGCCGGUGAAAUGGGUGUUGGAGCACAUGGAUUUUUGCAAUUGAGAAAACGUGUGAAAUGUUUAUAUUUUAUUGCUCUGUAUAUUGGCGCAGCAGUUAUGGCUAUUCUUGGACGAUGGGCAUAG